AACCCUUGGAUGAAACAAGAUCUGAAUGAAGAAAACCACAUCUGCAUGCACAUCCUCACUGGUGCUAUUCUUAUGAAUAACGCUCCUGUUAAGCGUCUCCCAACCAAUAUAAUUAUGCACCCAUGCUACCAACGUAUUUUUGGAUCUGCAAACUUGACCGUAGCUCCAAGUGAUUACCCAGGUGGUUUUAUAACUACAAAUCAGAUACAUGAAGCUUGUUACGAGUUCUUGAUGAUUGACAGUCAAAAGCUCUUGAUCACCAAAAAGACUUCCUCGAAAAUACUGUAUUACCUGCCUGAGAGCCUUCUUGAAAAUCACUUGCCCUCUGAAUUGGGUCAAUUUGCUCACUGGUUGGAAGUCAAGAAGGUAAGAAAUCGAAAGAUUGAGUCGAAAUCUAUCGAGUUUUGGGGUCGGAAUAUUUUCGAGAAUAAACUCUCCUCAUAUCAAAUUUUGGAUCAUACACACUCAUGGGAGCUGAUUGAUGAUCACGAGGAAUCUCGUAUGAUCAGCAUGACUAGCCAAAUUUUUAAUAAACUGCAAAAUUUGGUUUUUGACCGAAUUGAAAAACGUGAUCACGUGCACGUAUUUCUACAGCCCAAAAACGGCACAAUAACUAUUUCACUGCCCAGGCACCGCAUUUCAUUUUCAAUAUCCGGCGACUACUCUCAAAUUGAUGCGUUUCAGUAUCCUGGCUUUAAAGUAGCGAAAUCUGGCUACCUGGGAACUUUGAUUGGCUUUGAGAGUGGCAUUGUCCUUGAAUCCGGAACAGAAAAGAAAGUGAUAAUCCCCCAUGGCGAAAUCACUGAAUCGCUCCAUUCCGAGCAUGUGCGAAUUGAAGUGAACAAGAAUUCGUUCCGUGACCCAUCAUUUUUCGUUUACAACGUGGACGACAACUUCAAACAACUUUCACCGCCACCUAGCGAGGUGGCGAAUCUUUACCUUGCUAUGCUCCAUGUCAAAACAACUUACCCCCUGCCUGACCCCUUUACAAGAUUGACAGGAUUUGAAAUGGGAAUGCAAAUUCUGAGCAAGGGAAGAAGCUAUUCAUGCACACCGCUAGAUACAAGAUCGGAAAAAAUCUUGAGUGUGCUAGAAAAAUGUUGUUGCGUAAGAGACUUCGUAACACACUCAAAACAUGGUCCGUAUGCCGAAGUUGAAAACUACCCAAAAAUUCCCCCAUAUUCUAUAUGUACUUUAGAGUCUCUAAAAUCUCAAUGUGAAAGACUGCGAGCUCACAGUAACCAAUUAUGGUACAUGUUUAAUGACAUACAAAAAUCAAAAGAAACUCCGUCAAUUUACUCAGAAAAUUACCAAAAUUUACCUGUUCUUGCAAAGCGAGCAAUCCGAAAUAUCCAUGACAAGGUUUACCCUCUGAAUUUGAAGAACUCAAAACUCAAAGUUCUAGAUGCAUCCUACCUUGUGUAUAAUACACAAAUCAUUCUUAAAGACGAAACAGCUAUUGAAAAAGUUCGAAUCAUAGCUUCGACACUACGCAGUCGAAAAUCAGAACCCUUAUAUAAUAACAGUUACUCGCUGAGUAAUUGGGCAACUAGUUUAACAGGUAUGGAUGGCCUUGGAACAUCAGAUCUGGAGGAUGAUAGAAGCUUACAGGUUUGGAAAGGUCUAAACGGUACGAACUCUAUGCUUGACCUCUAUGAAGUGGCCCGCCAAGGAGAUGAAACCAGAUUCUUGCUGUUUGCUCUGACUUCUUUUCUGGCAUACGAAAAGUUAAUCGACUUCGAGUACUUGGCGUCAUUUUUCGUGAUCUCAGAGCACUUUGACAUGUUUCAGGCACUUGACCCUCCUGGUUAUGCGGAGUAUGAGGACCUGCCACACACCACAAUUGAAAAAGACGAAGUGAAAAGAAUUGUUAGUGGCUGUUUUAAGAAUAGAAAUAAGUUUAUCGCUGAUCACCUGGAGCAUAACUGCAGUAAGGAUGAAAUAAAGUGGGAAGCCGAAAAAUAUCACUCAGAGAAGCAAAAAGCAGAAAAUUAUUUCGAUAAAACAAGAACUUCGGAAGAAAGCAAAGUAGUUGUCUUGUCAAUGAAAGCGUGGCCCAACACCAAGUUUCAAUUGUCUGGAAAAUAUGAAUUACUGAAGAAAGAUUGUGCUAUCUUCGAACUUUCAGAAUUGUUUUACAAGCGAUAUAAUAACAAAAAGUUGUUCAAAUUUCUGAAAAAAGUGGACUCUACUGUAGAUUCUAUUGUUAACGCUAGUUUGAUCGAAACGAGCACAAAUAAAAUCCCUAAAUUUGAAGCUGUUUUUGAUCAGAAAGUGAAGUUCGCGAAAGGAGUCAAUCUGGAUCAAAAGUUCGACUUGGAUAUUGUUCCCGAAAACUUUGAUGAGCUUAUUCAGCCCUUUUUAAUAAAAAACCAUAUCAAUGGCGAUGCUUGCUUCCUAAAUGAAGACGAAAAUAUUAUUGAUAUGAUCGGAGGGUUUGAGGCUGACGAUGCUGUUAGUCAAGAUUUCAAAAACCGUUUAGAACAAAGUUGGAGUGCUUUCAAAAACAGAAGAAAGACAAGCCAACAAAUUGAACCAGAUACUCUAACGCUCGAAAAAAAAUUUAAAAUCGCGAGUGCAAAAUUACUCAAAACAGAAGUUGCCCUUAUGAGUAUUUUGGUUCCGAAAAAAAAUCAGUGGGUAAAAUCAGCUUUGCAUAUAUGCGGACUUGUGUUCAGAGAAUCACCGUUGGAACUGGUCUCGUUUUUGCUAAGAAGGAAAAGACGACUGCAACUUCCGCAGGAGUAUGAUUGGCGAGACCUUUUAGGAGCGUUAGUAGUCCGGUGGACGGAAAAGCAACGGUUAGAAAGAUGUCUGCAACACCUGAAGAACAGAAAAACUGUACUCUUGCAACGAGAGUGGAAUAAUGUGGGUCAUACCAACUGGGUUCCUCAAGAGUUCGCAGAAUGGCUGAUCCUCGAAGCCGAAGGAAACUUCAUGAUACGACCUGCACAAGUUGAAACUGCUCAACAUAUGCUUGAUCCUCCAGACAGCAAGAAUGCAGUGAUGCAGUUAAACAUGGGUGAGGGCAAAUCCAGCGUAAUAGUGCCAAUGUUGUUAGCUUCGAUAUCACGCAAAAAAGGAUUUUGCCCGCAGGUCGUUGUUUUGAGCUCGCUGUACCCCACUAAUUCUCAGUCUUUGUGCGCUAAAAUGGGAGGUGUUCUUGAUAUGCGUCUUCUUAACCUGCCUUUCUGUAGAGACCUUGAGCUAAGCUGCGAGCGAAUGAAUCAUCUUUCCAGUUAUCUACGCGAACACAAAACACAACGAGGAUUCAUGGUCAGUACUCCUGAGCAAAUGAUGUCCAUGCAACUUAAAGCUCUUGAGGUUUUCAUCAAAGGCAAAUGUGAUCAAACUAAUAGCUAUCACUUUUUCUCGCAGAUUUACCAGAAGAUAGUUCGAAACAUCCUAGACGAAAGCGAUGACAUUUUGUCGGUUAAACGACAGUUGGUUUACACCAUGGGAUCCCAAAUUGCACUGGAUGGAGGCGAUCAACGCUGGAUAGUUCUUCAGAGUAUUUUCAGGAGCUUGAAAAAACAUGCAAGCUCAAUCUUUGAAAUAUGCGGUUCAGAGCAUAUUAUGAUUGAAUCAGAUACAAAGGAUACUCAACAUCAAUUCAACGUUUUCCGUCUCCUUGACAAAGAUUCGGAGUCAUUUGCGGUAAUCAGUGACUUGAUUCUCGACGAUUUUCUUGAAUGCAGAACUGAAUCCGAUUUGAAACCGCUGACGGAAAAGCAAAAAACAUUCGUCAAAAAAUACAUAAUCGCAGAGGAACUGGAAUUUAAUCAGACUGAAAAUUUGGGAGUUAUCCUUGGUGAUUUUGAAAUUCCAAAGCUUGUGUUUCUACUUCGUGGAUUAUUUGGUCUAAAAACUCUGCAGCAUUGUCUGACGUUGCGUCACCGAGUUAACUACGGAAUUGGGAAGCACCGCAAAAUGGCUGUUCCUUUUCGAGCGAAAGAUGUAGCCGCGGAUAAAACCGAUUUUGGCCACCCGGAUGUGGCGUUGGCGUUGACACAACUAACGUAUUACUACCAAGGCAUCUCGAGAGAAGGAUUUGAAGCAGUUCUUCGUAAACUCGCCUUCAUGGAAAUAAGUGUGGCAACGGCCAUUUAUGCCAAGUGGGUCGAUUUUUGUCACCCUGAACAUCUGCCGCACAAACUGAAAUUUUUCAGCUGCGUCAAUUUAUCAGACCAGAGUCAACUUCGUGAUUUGUAUGGACUAUUUCACAAAAAUGUUUUAGUAAUUGACUACUGGCUUGUUAACAUGGUCUACAAUCAAGAGGCUAAACAGUUUCCACGUAAACUGUCGGCGACCGGCUGGGAUUUAUGCGGCGAAGAGGGUAACUUAGUCACUGGUUUCAGCGGCACCAAUGAAACGCAACUGCUGCUGCCCCUGACAAUUCAACAACGUGAUUUGCCCUCUCUUCAAGAAACGAAUGCUCUCGUUAUACGAAACAUGCUUCAACUUGAGAACCAAUUUUACCGCGCUUUGAACCAAGGAGCGAGCGGAGAGAAAAUUUUGGAUUUCAUUCUGGAACAAAGCGAUGACAAAAUCAAAGUCAUUUUGGAUCCCGGAGCUCUAAUUUUUCUGGAUAAUAAGGCAUUUGUGGAGCGUUGGAUGUCAAAAGUGUCUGAAAAGGAGAUUGAAGCUGCGAUAUAUUUCGACGAAAAAGACAAUCUGAUCGUUCUCGAUAGAAGGAAGUUUGUAACCCCAUUUCACCUCUCGCCAUUUGCCACAAAACUCGGAUCCUGCAUUGUAUACAUGGAUGAUAUUCACACUCGAGGAACUGAUUUGCAAUUCCCAAGUGCGACGAAGGCGGCAGUUACUCUCGGAAAAGGGCUGUCGAAGGACAAGUUAUCCCAAGCGUGUAUGCGGAUGCGGUUGCUGGGUUGCGGGCAUAGCCUUUCUUUCUUCGCAUCCUAUGAAGUGGACCUCGAGAUUCAGUCUCAGAGUCGAGGCCUGUCUAGUGAUAUAUCAGAAGUUGGUAAAGUGAUUUCGUGGGCGUUCAAAAAUAGUCACAAACAAGUCCAAGACGGGUUAGCUCACUGGGCUAAUCAGGGAUCGGACCAGCUACGGAAACUGUCCGCGUACGAUCGGCACAUUCUAAGCGAAGCCAAUGGCCAAUCACUUGAAGAAUUUUGCCGAAAAUGUAGUCCAAAAAGAAGUUGCUGAGUUGAAAAAACUGUACGGCACCUACAGGGAAAAAACAACUCUGUCAAAAAUAGUUUCGGAUCGUAUUCAGAGUUUUCUUGGCCCGCGUGGACCCUCUAGUGAUAACUGCAGACAUUUCAGAGUCAGUCUCUUAGAUAAAUGCAAAGAGCUGGCUUCGGAGAGAGAAAUUUUUGCGGAUCUGUUCGACGAGGAGCAAGAACGAGAGUUGGAGGCCGAACAACAACAAAGUCGGCAGGUCGUUAGACCAGGGCGAAGGAGGUCAGUAACACCCGAAGUUCCCGACUGUGUGAGAAAACUUGCAGAAAGCGCGCAUUUUCAACUGAAAGAGUUUCUCUGCUUACAAGAGUGUCUAAAGCAGACAAUUGUUAAACCAAAGAUUCUUAGCGCGUUCAAAAAUGUCUUUGCCAGCCCGGAGUUCCCCAAAGUAACCACGGAUAUCAGCUUUGGGGUAUUUAACGACUUGGACGAAUUCUUGAGAGAUCCUUUUUGGGCUGUGAAGUGCAACUCCACAGGAGCCCUAAUCCUUCUGACCCCAUUUGAGGUCAACAACCUAUACGACACACUGAAUAAAAUGAAUCAUGCUGUACUUUUCAUGUUCCAACCGUACCACCAAAAACCAUCAAAUUCGAUCCCUGCUCUCCAAAACAUGCGUGGAUUUUCAGUUCCCAAGGGCCAUUGUAUGGCUUUCGUCGAUUUGGUUCAAUUUGCUGAGCUAAACUUGUUUACAGGAAACCUAUAUUUGGAAAACGCGGAGCAAGAACGUUGGAUUUGCAGCUAUUUAGGUCUUCUGCCCCUCCCACGAACAUCAGAACAAGACAAGGCAUUCCAGGAUAAGUUAAUCACUUCGGAUGGAUUUGUGAGACUAGAUAACAGAUCAAGGGUGCCUGGAACAGAGCAGUGGAAAUGCCCUUUCAAUAGAAUAAGUCCGGUGUCCGCUGUGCUCGAUCUGAUCAAGCUUCGAAAUGUGGAAAUGUUGUAUCCUUCUAGCCACAUGCACAGAUUAUUUUCGAGAUGCCACUCCAACUUCGAAACUUAAUAAGAAGGAAAACUCAGAAGAAAAAACGGAAAAAUGUUUCAAAAUUACCCUCAGAGCUUCCAAAUAAUCCUAUUUACAAACACCUCUAUUUGACAUAUAAUAGGUGUUCUAAUAAUGUUUGACAGCUUUUAAAAAAACUAAUCCUUAUUAUGAAAUUAACAGAUGCUGAUUUAUCCCGAAAAAAUAAAAUGCGCGACCUUUUGAAGAGGAUU